AUGGCGCGGGAAGGAGACUCAGAUGGCGCAAUGGCCAUGCCCCGAUUAGACGAAAUCCUACGUCAUCCAGAGGAUCUGGACAAGAUUGCCGGCCUGAAAUCGGAAUACACGCGAAAGAAGGGGGCCGUCGAUUCACAGCUUCGGGAAGGUCUCCGGAAUCAGUUGGAAACGGUCCAACGAAGCAUCAAUGCACUCACGGAAGGCCAGCGCCAAGUCUCCAAGACCAAAGACGAACUCCAGACGAUAGACAAGUUGUGCGCGGAAUCGCAAACGAGCGUCGAGGACUUCUCACAGAUCGACAAACUGGCCAAGGUGCAGAGGAACUUCGAGGCGACUCUGAUGAUGAAGAAGGGUCUGGAGAAUUUCAGCGCGGACCUUGCGGAGGUCGAGGAGCUCUUGCGGGAAGACGACGAGGAUCUAGAGAAUCAGCCGAACUUAUUACGGGCCCACAUGCAUAUCUCCCGAUUGAGAGAUUUCCGAGAUGAAGCGAUGGAUCAGAUCCGAAAGGCUCAGGACCCGAGUAGUGAGGAAGCGUUGGCGGACUACUUCCAGGGCCUUGAUUCGGUUAUUGAUUGGUUCGAUGAGCAUCUUGGAACAGCCUGCAUGAAUCUUAUUCCGCUGGUGCAGACUGAUAACCGAAGUAUGGUGGUGCGCCUUGGAGUGAUCGUUAUGACAGAGGAGAAAAACGACGCGACUGUGCGCGCACUGCAGGAGGCGCAGAAAGACCAUCAAGACCUGGCGGGCCGGUUCAAAUCCAUGAACAUUGGACCUAAAACAGUUCGCGGGUACAAGGAGAAGCUCCUGCAAGCAAUUGAGUUGUAUGCGGAGAACCAAUUCAAAGAUACCAAAGAGGAGUUCCUGGGCGAUCCUGAUAAUCUGGAUAAGAGCUUCAAGUGGUACUUUAACGAUCUUUUCUCUGUUCAACAGGGCAUGCAAGCGCUUCUUCCCAAGAAGUGGAAAAUUUACAAGACCUACACAAAUAUCUACCAUCGAAUGAUGCACGACUUCCUCGUUGAACUCAUCAAUGACCCUGAGCUACCGGCGGAUAACUUACUUGCCAUCCUUCACUGGAGCGAGAAGUACUACAAGAAAAUGAAAAAGCUUGGCUGGACGCAGUCCGAGCUUCAGCCAAAUAUUCUUGAUGACCGUGAGCCUGAGCUCAUACGACAGUGGCAGAACAUCAUCAUCAAAGCUGUGGAGGAAUGGAUGGACAGAAUCACCGAAACAGACAGGAAAGGACUUGUUGAGCGCAUCCCCGAUUCUCUCGAUACAAAUGCAGAAGGCUACUUCCGAACGAAAACUCUACCCGAUAUGUGGCGUAUGCUACACGAACAAAUCGUUGCCUCCGGCGCUUCAUCGCGCACUGAUGUUGUCGAAGGUAUCAUCGAUGCCAUGUUCCGAGUGCUCAAGAGCCGCCAGACCGGCUGGCAGUCGCUCAUUGAUGAGGAGAGUGCGAAGUAUAAGGCGCCCGGUGGCGAUCAGCAUGAAGGACUUCAGCUACUGCAGGACUGGCUCAUUGCUGUGGCCAACGAUCAGAUUGCUUGUAUCGAUGACAACGACGAAUCAGCACAGAUGGGAUACCUGAGCAGAUUCAGGCGUGAUUUCGAGCCCUCUGUGGAUCCAAAGUACAUGGCAUCACGAGCUCUGCCAGAGCUUGACGCUCUACGAGAUGGCUAUGUGGAUUUGAGCACUUACUGUCUUACCCAGUUUGUUGAACUCAUAUUCGCCGUUGACUUCGGCACCACCAUUCCGGAUUUCUUUACUCAGAAAUGGUAUGGUGAUUUCGCCAUCAAACGAAUUACCUCAACCUUUGAGGAUUACAUGACCGACUAUGCCUCCGUUCUUCAUCCAUCCUUGACUGAUAUCCUUGUGGAGGAGUUAUCCGACGAACUCCUGGUGCGGUACCUAUCAUCCAUCCGCAAUAAGGGCGUCAAGUUCCGCCGACACACCGAUCCGUACACGGACAAAUUCAAGGACGACGUCCUUACCGUCUUCGCCUUUUUCCAGAAAUACCCCGACUCCUUUGCUUCAACGAUCAAGCAAAAAUGGCGUCUGGUCGACUGGCUGCUCCGCUUACUUGAAGCGGAGAAGGGCCCUGCUCUUGUUGCUGUAUAUGAGGACUUCAAGAUGGAAUACUGGGAUCUCCAAUUGUCAUGGGUUGAAGCCGUUCUGAGAACGAGGGACGAUUUCGAACGGAGCAUGGUGAGCGCAAUCAAGGCCAAGGCCGCGGAGUUAUCAGUUGAGCGGGGAACGGAAACACUUAUGAGUCGCGUAAGGUAA